AUGCCCAACUCGUUCCGGUACGAGGCUACACCGACUGCAUCAACAUAUCUAACACAACCACCACCUCAUUCAUUUCCUUUGCAAAGUAGUCAAGGCCAAAGAGCUGAGGGUAAGCAAUGGCGUAUACCUCAACCAUACACCGCUCAAGCUCCUCAGAUUACAAGCUACCAGAGAGAACAGGAAGUGGAUUACAACAGUGGUGGUCAAUCGUCAAUACCAAUUGGCCAGCAACAACCGCAGAUGCACUUCCAGUUCCAGCAAACUCAGUUUCAGCCCUAUAAGCCUCGUCAACUUCCUGUCCAUGUUCCACUUGGGAUUUACACCCAAGCUCAAGCUUCACUUAUUACUCAGUCACAACAUGAUUAUGGCCAACAAACGCAGCACCAACCACUUCUCAUGGAAGAGGCAUCACAUCAAGCGCAAGCAGGUUUUACUUCGCAAGAACGUCGACCUGAUGAGCUCAUGGAGGCGGAAAUGAAGGCUAUGCGGUAUGUGUAUCUAAUGAAUGAACAACGUCAUGCAAGGAAAGCACUAGCCGAACGAGAUGAGAAAAUGUCAAAAAAAUCUGAACCAGGAAUCAUUGAUUUGAUGUUGUUAUCCGAACUGCCGCCUAUAGUAAUUGAGCCAACAGUCAUUCCUGAAGGAGUGCCGAGGUAUAGAAUGCAGGAACAUAUCCUUCCUCCAUAUCACCAUGCACAGUUCGCCGUCAGAAAUGGCCCACUUGUCUCUCCUUACAGAUCUGAGGGAGAAGAUGAAAGUAGCGAGGAUGAGAUCCAUAAAUUGCGCGAUGUUUUGGAUUUAACAUCACUGGAACCCCCAGUACCCCAGCAAAAGGCAACGAGUGAUCUGCACUCAGUUCACAAACCUCAAUUUCAAUCUCAAUCUAUAGUUGAGAAAAAUCAACGUCAACAGUACCCUAGUGGCGGAUCUCACAAAAGUUUACGAUUCCCCGCUGCAGAAUUGCUGCAAGAACCUACUCAGGUGCCAUCAAUGGCUUCUGAACUGUCUAUACCCCAAAAAUUGCAACCACUUGAAAUUGACAUCUCAAAGACAGGCGAUGUUACAAUGCUAUCCAGAGGCUCUACUCCUGCAAGUCAAGGAGAUUCUGAACUCAGUGGGGAAAAAGUCAAUAGAAGAAGGGAAGAUGAAGCAUCACAGAGAGAUUCAUCACCUGAAUCUACUGAUAGUGACGCAAUAAGAAGGCAAUGGGAUCUUAGUCCAAGUGUUUCUCCACUAACCUUAGAAGCUUUAGCGUCUGGUCUUAGCUCUCCUGACGGAUCAGAUUCGAACGAUGGUCAAACCGGCAUGCCGGUGUGGCCUACGAUCUCUAGAAAACAUGCAAAACUAGCGAUAGCAGCUUGCAGAAAUAUGCCAAAACGACUACAACCAUUGUGCAGGAGAUUCGCGUGGCAACAAGGAAUCACUUAUCUGCUUGAGAAUUUCUGUUUGAAAAAGUGGGAAAUUCGACCUGAACAUGAUAGCGAAUCUGUUUGGUUUUUCGAGAGGAAUGUGAGACGGUUCAAGCCGUUUGAGUUGGAACCUUGGGAGAUUCCUGGAGGUGAUACCGAGGAUGAGAAUGAUUUUUAUGGUUUCAAUAUCUGUGCUGAUGUCCCAGUUAAGAAGUGCAGUAAAACAAUCAGGCUAGAAGACUUCGCCACAGUUUCAUUCAGUUGCCAGGAAUCCCCAGGAAUCGUUGAAUACUCAUCCACAGACGAUGAGGGCUAUUCUGAUGAGAAAACCGAAUACGCUAGUAGUGUUUAUUAUGACGUGGAUGAUAUAGCACCAUCGUAAGU